AUGCUGGGCUUCUCAAAUCUCGACUCCUCACCCGACGUCUUUAAUCUCUCCCAACAUCUGAACUGCUCCUAUGAGGAUUCCGCGCUCAUUUACAACUACGACACAGCGAAAUACAGACUCGUCGAUUUCGUUGUCCCGGUAAUGACAAUAGUCCUAUCGGUGGUUGGGCUAAUUAUUAAUGGAGUUUUUAUAUUUUUGACCAUCACUGGAAUUAGAGACAAGGUGCUACCGUUGAAGGGUUAUUCACUACUGUUAAAUCGAUCAUUCACAGAUGUGCUUACCUCUGUGCUCACAUUAAUUUUUGUUUCUCUUCAUAAACUUGACCAAAUCCCAGACCCAAAGGCUUAUCCAGAGAAAUACCAGAACAUGACUCUCGAGGAGUUGGACUACCUCAUCCCUCAUGGACGAUCCAUGUUCACUAUGCUGCUCACGCUUAAUUUCUGGGCUUCUGCUGGCUGCUAUUCGGUGUUGGCUCUGUUCAUGUUCCUUGCCGUUCGCCAUCCAAUUAUUUACCGAGUAAAGAUCACUUCAAAAAGAACGAUCAUUAUUGGAUGUGUUGUAUGGCUGAUUGGUCUCGUCUAUGCAGUUGUAGCUGUAUGUAUCUCAUCGAACAAUGCAUUCAAUAUUUUCAACUCGGGUACUGAUCUCAUACAGUGGUCUGUUAGCUCAGAGGAUUUUGUACUAUCGAUCUCCAACCUAGUGAUUGUAAUAAUCGCCUUAAUAAUCGGCACCUCCUCGUACAUCUUCAUUAUUGUUUACCUUUGGAGAGCACGACGUACAAGAGGGGAUGCCAGCCAACAUUUGAUGUCAAUCGUGAGGAUGGCUCUCAACGUUUCCGCUUUCGCUAUCUCUUGUAUCGUUAUGGCCGGAUUCGUGUCAAUCCCACUUAUCCUCAAAGGUCAAAUCGACGAUCUCAACGAUGAGCUGAUCGAAAAUUCAACAUGUGAAACGGUGGUAGGUGCGUAUAAACUCGGAUUCCACAUGGCUCAAUGGACAACGGCAGCGAUGACGGGAUGGCAGCUGAGAAUGAUCGUCGAUCCUCUCGCUAAUCUCUUUCUCGAUACAAGGUUCAAUCGAUUGCGUAAACAGAUGUGUUGUCCUCCAAUGCCAUCGUUCCAUCCGAAUUUUUCGCUGAGAUCUCAGGAACAUGGAAUGGAUUUUCUUCGCAAAUGCGCUGAACUGAAUGUUAUGCCGACUUCGCUUAUGAGUACAAACGGUCACUACUUCCGAUUUCGAUCUCCAACUGUCGAUACUACAGCGGCCAGCAAGACAGUUGAUGACUGUAGUUCGAAAAUACGUGAUUGUGAGCGCAGCGGUUCCGCAACGAUCUCUCAGGAAACAUCGUUAAGAUCAUCUGUAACAAAAAUCAAGGUCAAGGACGUAUACCAAAGAUGUGCGUGUUGCGUAACCUAUAGGCAUUCUUUCACAUAA